AUGUUAAUAUUAAUUUAUUGAGUUGUUCCUAUGAUUUUAUUUGUGAUAGGGGUUUUUGUUUUUGUUUCUAACCGGAAACAUUUAUUGUCUAUACUUUUAAGUUUAGAAUUUAUUGUUUUAAGAUUAUUUCUGCUUUUAUUUAUUUAUUUAAAUUAUUGUAGAAAUGAAAUAUAUUUCAGAAUAAUAUUUUUGACUUUUAGAGUGUGCGAGGGGGUAUUAGGUUUGUCUAUACUUGUAAGAAUAAUUCGUACACAUGGGAAUGAUUAUUUUAAUUCUUUUAGUGUUCUUCAAUGUUAA